AUGUCGGGACCCGCAGCACGCACCUACGCCGAGGCGGUCGACGCGCUCAACUCGCUCCAGUCGAACGCGGCCACCAUCGAGGCCGUCCGCAAGAGCGGGGGCAAGAGCGGCCACGUCCAGCUCGCAGAGCAGCUCGAGUAUAUGCGCCGGGUCGGAUACCAGCCCUCCGACCUCGACAAGAUGAACGUGCUGCACAUCACGGGCACCAAGGGCAAAGGCUCGACCAGCGCCUUCGUGUCGACCAUCCUCACCAAGCUCGCGCCAGCCGCCAAAGUCGGCCUGUACACCUCCCCCCACAUGGUCGCCGUCCGCGAGCGCAUCCGCAUCAACGGCGAGCCCAUCUCCGAGGGCCUCUUUGCGCGCUACUUCUGGGAGGUGUGGGACAAGCUCGACUCGGACGCGGCGACGAGCGACGACAUGCCGCCCAAGCCGGCCUACUUCCGCUACCUCACCAUCCUGGCGAUGCACGUCUUCUUGCAAGAGAAGGUCGACGCGACGGUGCUCGAGGUCGGUAUUGGCGGCACGUACGACUCGACCAACAUUGUGCCGCAGCCCGUCACGACGGGCAUCACGGCGCUCGGAAUCGACCACAUCUGGGUCCUCGGCAAGACGCUCCCCGAAAUCGCUCACCAAAAGGGCGGCAUCUACAAGGUCGGCGUCCCGGCGCUCGCUAUCCAGCAGCCUGAAGGGCUCGACGUGCUCGAGUCGCGGGCAAAGGAGCUCAAGGCGUCGUCCUUCACCGUCAUUCCCGAGCACUCGCAGCUCAAGGACGUCAAGCUCGGCCUCGCCGGCGUCCACCAGCGCUCGAACGCUUCCCUCGCCGUCGCCCUCGUCCAGUCCUUCCUCUCCUCCUCCCGCUGCCCUCCCGCCUUCUCCAGCUCGUCCAUCGCCCCCGUAUCGACAACCGCGCCCGCCGACGCCUCGGCCCUCCCCUCCCUCCCCUCUUCCCUUGUCGCGCCCGACCCGAUUCCGGCCUCCGUCGUCGCCGCGCUCGAGCAGACUCGGUGGCCCGGCCGGUGCCAGGUCUCGCCCGAUCCCGAGGUCAAGAGCGUGCGGUGGUACCUCGACGGUGCGCACACGGUCGAGAGCCUCAAGUGCUGCGGCGAGUGGUUCGAGGAGGCGUCGCUCAAGGGGUCGGACGCGAGCGUGCGCGCCCUCGUCUUCAACUGCACGUCGGGCCGCUCGGGCCUGUCGCUCCUCGGCACCCUCCUGUCGUCGCUCUCGUCGCAGCCGUUCCAGCACGUCAUCUUCUGCACCAACACGACGUACUCGUCGGGCUCGUCGAGCGGCGACAUGACGAGCAAGGCCGUCGACGACAAGGACCUCGAGACGCUCGCGACGCAGCACGAGCUCGCCGAGGCGUGGCGCGAGCUGAGCAAGGGGAGGGAGCCGAGCGAAGCGCAGGUGCACGUCCUCGGGUCGGUGCAGGAGGCGGUCGAGGUGGUGCGAGGAGCGGCUGGAGCGGCGGCGGGUCCGGGGCAGGAGGUGCGGGUCGAUGCGCUCGUUGCGGGGAGCCUGCACCUGGUCGGCGGCGUGCUUGCUGUAGCGUCGCUGCCAUUGUAA